GAAUUAACGUUAACGCGACCGCCCCCUUGGCCAACGGAUCCUUGCAACGGUUGCGUUUGGCUGGGCUCCUUCGCCACAGUCAUGUGAUUGUAACGUAAAACCCCCUAACCGGAAAACAACCGACGACCCUCUCCGCCGCCGAACGAGCAGCCUACAAAGCUGCUGGGAGCCCGGAGAGGACGGACGUGUCCCCUGCCCGGUGACAAACAACCACAAAAACAUUCGGCGGUGGCGUCACGGCGACGACAAUUUAGACGCACGAGCAGCGGCUAAGGUUGAAGAAUGGAGUUGGCCAACCACGGUCUUAUCCUGCUGCAGCAGCUCAACGCUCAGAGAGAGUUUGGCUUCCUGUGCGACUGCACUGUGGCCAUCGGAGAUGUGUUCUUCAAGGCCCACAAGGCUGUGCUCGCUGCCUUCUCAAACUACUUUAGAAUGCUCUUCAUUCACCAGGACAGUGACUGUGUGCGCCUGAAGGCGACAGACAUCCAGCCUGACAUAUUCAGCUACCUGCUCAACCUGAUGUAUACCGGCAAGCUGGCCCCCCAGCUGAUAGACCCCACGCGUCUGGAGCAGGGCGUGCGCUUCCUGCAUGCCUACCCUCUGCUGCAGGAGGCCAGCCAGUCCGUUUACGCGCACCCCGAGCAGAGCAUCAACCUCGCGACCUCCCUCUACGGCAUCCAGAUCGCCGACCAGCAGGCGGCGCUGUCGGGCAGCUUGCCGCUCUCCUCGCCCGUCGACAUGGAGACGCUGGGCUCGGAGGCCCAGUACCCGUCCUUGGCGGCGGGGGCCAAGCCGGCCGCCUCCCCUCCGGAGGCGGAGGCGUCCACCAGCGGCGUCCAGCACGCCGCUGAGGAGACGGCGUCAGAGUCAACGAGCGUAGAUGGAGGCACCUUUGCCAAUGCCAUUCUGCACGUGAAGCCCAGCAUCAUGAAGAGAAGCUCGUCCUUCCGGAAGCACUACUCCUGCCACCUGUGCAGGACUCGCUUCAACCAGAGGAGCCUGCUGAGGGAGCACCUCCUUCAGCACGCCCAGGCGAUGGAGAACCAUAACGUCCCCUCGCCCGUUAUGGUCUCUGAACAGAGCGUGCUGGAGGCCGAGGGGCUCCUGAAGGGAAGCGGAGUCGCCGCCGUAGAGAUAAUCAGCGACAGCGAGCAGACGCACGCUUCUGGCAACAACUCUGACUCCCCCCGUGCCGAGGUGUCCACGUCCAGCUGGGGCGCGGGCGGCCCGAACUCCCAGGCGGACACGCCACCCCCCUCGGACAUCGCCGACAUUGACAACCUGGAGAACGGUGACCUGGACCGCGAGCUGAAGCGGCGGAAAUACGAGUGCUGCACGUGCGGCCGCAAGUUCAUCCAGAAGAGCCACUGGCGUGAGCACAUGUAUAUCCACACAGGCAAGCCUUUUAAGUGCAGCGCCUGCGGCAAGAGCUUCUGCCGCGCCAACCAGGCCGCCCGCCACGUGUGCCUCAACCAGGGCACCGAUGCCUACACGCUGGUGGACCGCCAGAGCAUGGAGCUGUGCGCGGCCGGCGAUGACAGCAGCCAAAUGGAGGCAAUGUUCCUGGCCACGUCCAAGCCGUACAAGUGUAACAUUUGCGCCACCACCUUCUCCAGCCCCAACGAGGUCAUCAAGCACCUGUGCUUCACACAGGGGGGCCUGGCGGGGCUCCAGGGGGGCGCCACCCUGAUGCUCCCGCACGACGAGCUCUCCAAAGACGACGGCUCCGAUCUGUCCAACUCGGGCACGCCACUUGAAGCCAUCAAGGCCGAGGACAUCCUGGUGGAGUAGCUGCCAAAACUGCCAAUUUUUGUCCUAAAUUAUAACUCAUGACUAAGCUAUCAGAUGUCAGUCAGUCAGUUGUUUUUGUUUUUGUGUGGGAGAUCUAACCUUUUUGUGUUCCGUUCACAUCGACUUGAAUAGAACGAGGGGAAAUAACCGCCAUCAUUUCUCAUCUCCGCGCAAAGCCGUUUGACCAUUUUCUUUCCCCGAUAUCCUACUAGUGCACUGAAUUGUCCAUGUACUAGUAUGCUCUUUUUCUCCCAGAAGACAAUGACUUGGGCGCACUAGUAGAAUGACUGUCUUACGAAUUACACUUUUUCCACUACUUUGACAUUUUUACAUACUUGCAAAAUGCACUAGUGUACAUCUGCGUGCUACCAGUACUACUAGUGAAGCGCUAGGUCAGGGUUCAACAACAUGGUGCCCCGAGGCACCAGCUCACCCUCAAGGACCACAAGAGUCGGUGUUCUGAAACUAGCUAACCAGUAAACGCGUGAAAUUUGUAGAAAUAACGCAUUGCAUAUUAAUAUUUAUGUUUCCUACCUUGUUGAUAAUUAUUGAAAGAAAUAACAGGGGCUUAGUAUUUAUUAUUAAUAACAAAAUUAAGGGUAAUUUUAGCAAAUCUGUUUUUUUUGUGUGUAUCACACUGGUAGCCCUUCGCAUGACUCAGUACCCAAGAAGUAGCUCUGUUUCGAAAAGGUUUGUGACCUUUUGCUAGAUGUUACUGGUAGAAUUUUAUGUCACUCGUCAUAUUAUCACGCAGAUGUCAAGUAGUGCACAGUUUUCCCUCACAAGUAGCAUGUAAUUGUCCUACUUGUGCGCCGUUGUGGUUCUACUAGUGGGCAGAAAUGUCAAUACAAUAGUGGAAAGCAGAAGUGGAAGAAAAAAAGUCACGAGUAAGUUCUACAAGUGCGCCCUAGUCAUUCUGCGACUGCACGGAAUUGUCUUACUAGUGAAGACCGCAUACGAGUGCAUAGACAAUUCAGCACACUAGUAGGUCUAUCGAAUAAGUGCUCAAAAGACACGUCGCACCUCACUCGCGCUGUGGUGAGGACGUUUGCAUUUUAACAGGAAGUAAGGGGCCCGACUUUCGGGGGGGGGGGGGGGGGGGGGGGGCGUUAGGCGUGUAGUUGUGAGGCCAAUACAUACAACCUAAUAAUGCUUUGCUGCAGGAAGAUGCGUUAAAAUUUAAGUUUAAGUCCACAAAGACACACGCCCGAGACAAUCUCUGCUCUUGACGUCUUCCAUUUUGUGUUCGGUGAUCAGCAAAAUUAAGUGAACACAAUUUGCACAUUGUUCACUUGUUACGGCAUCCACCACUGGGAAGCACCCUUUACUUUCCACAACUAAGUUUGAACUAAGAAAAAGUAAAAGCAUAAAUGAAAACUUGAAUUCACCCCUUUUCAAAUAAAUAUUUCUAAUUUUAUACACAGUGGUAUAAUAUACAGAGUCUAUUGUGAUAAAAAAAAUUAGCUUUCCGAGUAGAAAUGCAUUUGAUUUCGCAGAUCCACAUGUAUUGGGGAUGGGCGAGACAAAUAGUUUUAACUUUAGCCUUAAAUGAAUUAUGAAUUUGUAAUAAUAGUAGUUACAGGCGGAUAAGAUAGCUGUUGGUCAUGGGUUCCAUCCGUAGGAAACAUUUGCAUUCCAAUGAAAAGCAUGUGACCAUAGUUUUUUAUUUUAAUACCAAAUUUUGUUCUUUGUCCUUUUUUGUUGUUUUUACCUGAAUACAGCAAACAUUUGUACACGUUCUUUUUUUUAAAUUGCUAGUCAAGUAGUUUUUCUUUUUUUAAAUCCAAAAACAUUUUUAUUUGUUUACAAACAAAAGUGGGUAGUUUUAAACUUUAUCAGAUUUAGUUUUUAAUUUUUGUCAUAUUUAUUUCCCUAUUUUUAUUACUAAAUGUGUCAGUUUUAUCCAAAACUUGAUUUGGGGAUAUUAAAAAAAACGACAAAACUUGGAAGUACAUGCUUUUCUUUGGAUAUUAUGUUUUCCUCUAUAGCUAUUGUUCCACUAGCUGAACCCAUGUUCUCCUCAUCAAGAAUAACAUGUUUGUAAUAUUUGUUCUCCAUAAAAGGUGCAAAGAUCAAAUGCGGUUGCAUUGUGGCAGUUGCCCCAGUUUUGUGGCUAGAUGGGGCUGUUUGACUGCGCUGCAGUGCACCAACCUGAGGACAGUCUGUGUUACUCACAGGAACAUCAUUGCGAAUAUUUUUUUUUUUUUUUUUUAAAGAGUCAUUCACUGCUCAGUGAGUGUGUGUGUCUGUGUACAUGAUGUGACUAUCUCAGGAAGAUGACAAAGUUUGGCACCGUCCUGUAUAUAUAUAUAUAUAUAUACACAUAUAUAUAUGUGUGUGUGUGUGUGUCUCCCAUGAUGUCAUGGAGACAUGGGACGAGUCCAUCCCAUAAUACUUGAGUAACACAUGCUGAUGUUCCCUCUCAAAGCUCGUCUGACAUCUACUGUGAUCGAUAUGUGCUCUCAGGAAUGUGACUCUUUUUUUUUCCCUCCUUUCCUCUCUCAAUAGCUUUUUUUUUUCUUUUAAAGUGAAGAUCAAACAAUAAAAUUUCUUUUGAUAAUA